AUGUCAGUGACAAUAUACUUUUGGUACCUGUUCAUACAUUUAAUAUUUGCAUUUCUUGUUGAUUUACCCGUUGGAGAGUGGUUAGGGCCUUAUUUUCAUUUUUUAUCUGGCCUCAGAUAUGCUUACUUGAAACAAUUCCGAGACCCCAUCCUCCUUGAGGAGGCAGCCUGGAAACGAAGUUUUUUUCUUUCAGAAGCCUUUAUUCAGAUACCAUUUUUGUUUUGGGCAUCUUACCAGCUUUACAAGCUCUUAUACGUUGAGGCUUGUUCCGCAACUGUUAAGUUAAAGAAUGAAGUGCCCACUGAUGAAAAUAAGACAAGUAUCACUUCAAAAGCAUUAUUAGCAAAAUACGACUUCUCCGUUGAAACUCUUUUUAACAACAAUGUACAUCUGAUACUCGGUAUUCUUAUUUACUCUGUCCACUCAGGAACAACGACAAUUGCGUGUAUUGCCGAGCUGUUGGAACGUCAGCAAUGGACAAUUGUUUGCUUUUAUGCACCAUACGUAAUUGUGCCUCUGUGGAUGACUGUCGAUACCUCGAAGCGAAUUCUAUUGUUGACAAAUCGCCGCACCAAUGCCAGCUCAGUAGCCGCCUCCAGACAGAACACGCUGUUAGCCAACCCCGAACUGUUGCAACGCGUUCAAAGCAUGUUCCCACAACUCGCACAAGCCGUUCGCAGUCCUAGUGCCUUUGAGCAAGCUUGGCUCUCCAUAAAUCCGGCGAGCUUCUUUACUUCUGCGUCUCUUAACAACUCAAGUAUGCAGUUUUCUUCUGAAGUCGCUGAUGAAGACCUUAUGGCUGUUGCUGUGCAACAACGCAUUGAAGAACAGAUCCGCCAAGACGCGAUUGCAGAGAAUAUGCAAACCGCUUUAGAAAAUCACCCAGAGACGUUCACGCAGGUUCCUAUGCUCUACGUACCUGUAGAAGUGAACGGACAACCGGUGAAAGCAUUUGUGGAUUCAGGUGCUCAAGCGACUAUAGCUUCUUCAGACUGUAUUCGUCGAUGCAAUCUCACGCAUCUCAUUGACAAGCGCUUUUCCGGUGUCGCCCGGGGAGUUGGCACUGCAAAAAUUGUGGGUGUGAUUCAUAGCGCACCUUUGAAAAUCGGGAAACUUUUCUUACCUUGCAAAUUUACCGUCUUAGAACAACAAGAUGUCGAUCUACUAUUGGGAUUGGAUAUGCUGCGUCGUUAUCAAGCAUGCAUUGACCUAAACGAAAAUGUUCUUUGCUUUCACAGUGAACGAAUUCCCUUCUUGCCCGAGUCAGAGAUUCCGAAGGCGAAACCCAUCAUUUGGGAUCAGCGGUUCCUACCAAUUCCGUUCCGGGGACUUCCAAACCCUCUGCGCCCUCGCAAAGCAUUCUAG